CCCAAACUCCACAAGCUUCUCAAAUCCACUCCACAAGUGUUUCCUUCAUUCUUUAUACUUCUACGAAAAUAAAUUUUAAAAAAAAAUAUUCCAUCCAGUCUAAUCUCCUCCAGAAAAAGUAAAAAUAAAACAAAACUAUAGAAUAAGAUCAGAGAAACCUAGAGAGAGAGAGAGAGAGAGAGAGAGAGAGAGAGUGUGUGUGAGAGAGGAGUGAGAGAGAAAGAGUGGAGAUGCGAUGCAAUGGGUUAGCGAUCUCAGGAGGAAGCGAUUCUCGCUUCUUCUUCCCUACCAAUUCCUCGACGAUCUACACCGCCAGCGCCAGAAACCCUAGCUCCACCGUUCUUUUCCCGGGCCGGCCCGUUUUCUCGACCCGGAUUCGGGCGACACCGAGGGCUUCUGCGGCGGCGGCGGUGGUCGGCGACCGGGUUGCGGAAUUGAGCUUCUACGAGCUGCUGGGGAUCCCGGAGUCGGGAUCGUUGGGGGAGAUAAAGCAGGCGUACAAGCAGCUGGCGAGGAAGUACCACCCCGACGUAUCGCCGCCGGGUCGGGUCGAGGAGUACACGCGGACGUUCAUUCGGGUCCAGGAGGCCUACGAGACGCUCUCCGAUCCGCGCCUCCGAGCCAUCUACGACCGCGACAUGGCCAAGGGGCUUCACCUAGCUUUCUCCGCCCGGAGAAGAUACCAAUCCGACGAGGGAAUGGAAGAGAAAAGUGAGUGGAAAAGUCAUUGGCAAUCUCAGCUAUCAGAGCUUAAAAGGAGAAGCGUGAACAAGGAUUCCAGAGGUAACAUGUCAUGGGGAGCUAGAAUGCGCCGGCGAAUGGAGGAUUUAUAAGAGUUCCUCUAAUAAUCUCUCUUUGUAUAUAAUUUAUAAGAGUCUUCCAAUUACUGAACAUCAUUAUCUACUUCCUUGCUGCUUUGCAACUCUGCAAUGCAAAGAAAGUAUUCAAUGUACGAAAUAGCUAGUUUCGAUCCAGAUUCUGUAACUUCUAGCUCUAGCUAUGUUCCAAAUUAUAAUUUAGUGUGCAAAGCGUUUUGAGAUAGUACCUUUUAUUCA